UAACUCUUCUGGUAAAUGUCAUGUAUUUAUCUUUACAGAGAUUAUAUGGUGCUGGUGGUGAUGUUCUUCAUUGUUAAUGUCACCAAUAACUUGGCAUUCGGCUUCAACAUCUCUAUGCCUCUGCACAUGAUCUUCCGGAGUGGAGGACUGAUCGCCAAUAUGAUAAUGGCAAUCGUGGUGCUAGGACGACGCUACACCCUCGACAAGUAUGUGUCUGUCAUUAUGAUCACCAUUGGCACCACCGUUUGUACCUUCGCUUCAGCUGAGACCUUGGACGAGGGUGGUGAUGAAGGUGAGGUUACUACUGGAAUCUCUCAAUUUGUGACCUGGUUGAUGGGCAUCGGUCUCCUCACAUUUGCACUCUUCAUGUCUGCCCGCAUGGGGAUUUUCCAAGAAUGUCUCUAUUCCACCCACGGCAAGCAAUCGCGGGAAGCUCUCUUCUAUAUCCAUGCGUUAUCACUGCCGGGGUUCCUCUUGACGGGGAGCAGUAUUGCUACUCAUGCUGUUAAGUUCAACUCCUCGCCAACCCUGCCCUUGCUGGCCUCGGUGCCAUUCCUUGCCACUGUGCCAAAACUGUGGCUCUUCCUGCUGGGCAACACCCUCACACAAUACGUGUGCAUCAGCUCAGUGUUUGCCCUGACCUCGGAGUGCACCUCGCUGACGGUGACCCUCAUCCUCACUCUACGCAAGUUUCUCUCACUCACCUUCUCCAUCAUAUACUUCCAGAAUCCCUUCACAAUAAGCCACUGGGUAGGCACAGCGCUGGUGUUUGGUGGGACACUCUUAUUUGCUGAUAUCAAAUGUAAAAUUCAGGAGGCUAUGAGCUCACCCAGAGAGAAGGUUGAGUAACGUGUGUAAGUCUGAUCAAACUUUGUUGAGUCUUUAUGUUAAACUAAUAUAAUUUAAAAUGUUUUAUUUGUGCAUUAGAUGAAAUGUUGAAGAAGUUCUAAGUUUAACCAGACAUGAGGGAUUGUAAUAUUUAUAUCCAACAGACUUCUUAAUGUACUUAUUCCAAAACAAAUUGAAAAGUCAUAAGGUUAAUUAAACUGAAUGGACAGCAGGUGGUAAAGACUUGUUUAAGUCUUGUUAUUUAUACAUGGUACAGUGAUCAUUGAAAUGACAACUUGUUAAGAAGGAAAUGUUUGGAAAGAAAUAUUAAGAAAUAUGCUGAGAAAUGUAUAUAUAAUCAAAGAAGUGUAUGUGUAUUUGUGAAUCAUUUCUUGUUGUUGCUGUGUCAAUUUGUUCCAUUCUAAUUAUUUAGGAUAAAAGUCAAGUUAUACAGGAAGCCGUCUGUAUGUCCAAAGGUAACCUUCCUGGAAGCCUUUGUUAAGGCUGUUAAUAAGAUACAAUAUGCUGUUUAUGGCAGCUUAUGGAGAAGAUGUCUCACCUACCAGAGACAAAACAUCUCACUAAAAUGCCAUAAACUGUAUGCAUUUUUUUUAAUAGACUUGUCAGUAUGCAUUACCAUUGACUUACACCUCCACUGAGGUGGCAGUUGUAAAUAAGAAUUCCUCUACCUUAAUAACAAGAAAAUGAGCAAAAUAUUUUAUGUACAUUUCAGCUGUUAGUUCACCAUUACUGUGGGUGGCUAGCUUACACAUCUGAUUUUAUUUUCUUCAACAAACUGGCUGUCUUCCACCAAGGCCAGUUGACCCGAAAAAAAAGAAACACCAUAGAGUUUUUUUUCUUUUUUACAUUUAGUAUUUAUACCGAAGGGGGUUACCAAAAUAUGUAUUUAUUUAUUUAUUAAAUCUCAAAUAUUUUGUGAAUACCGAGGAUCUAGCGUGCAAUAACUGAUAAGGUAAAUACGAUAAGUAGGUUGAUAGUAACCAUGUCUGGUGUAGCACAUUGCCUAAAUUAAAUUUAAAUUCUAAAACAAUUUGGUAUUUUUCAGACGACAUCCACGUAAACUUUAUUUUGCAUAUAGUUUUUCUCUCUCUCUCGAUUCACAAAUUCGAGAGCAAUACACAGUCUUAUGCUUAUUCGGGAAAGGUUGUAAUGAAUGUUGUGAAGACAAGAUAAUGAUGAACAAAAUCACAGGUUGUAGAGUAGUUUUCCUGAGGACAAUGUUUUACUCUGUGUGAAGCUUUGUCAUGGUGACAUUGUAAAGCUACUGUGUAUAGAGCUUUGUCAAAUGUGACAUGGUAAAGCUACUGUGUGUAGAGCUUUAUCAAGUGUGACAGUGAUGAGGCCAACCUUGUUGCAGAUUGUGAUGAUGCCAUCUUUAUUAUAGACUGAAUGUGACAGAUUUGUUGCAGACUGAUAAUAUGACCCUUGUUAUAGACAGUGCCACCUUCACUGUGAACACAGAGUGCCAGCAAUGUUGUUGGCACUCUUCCAUUACUUAACUGACAUCACCUUUCUUCAUGAGCUUUGACACCAUUGCUGUGUUGAUAACAUUCCCUCAACACCUCCACUCCUUCCCACCAUCUCUUUCACCUCUGCCAUGAGUGACUUACAGGUUUAGUGCUUUCCAAAAAUACAAUAAUAACAAAGUCAUUAUUACAGAUGUCAUGGCUACUUUGUUUGAAGACUUGAGAGAGUAUGAGCUGACUUAAAGAACCACAGGAGAGAUACCCUUGUAGUGCCAGUGAAGGGCUCCUCUUGAUCCAAGGAACUGGAUGUAUCAUCCUUUUAUUGGAUUGAACUUGAAGGCACCUCAUUCCAUAGCUGCGGUAUGACUCCUAUGUAUUUAGUGCUUUAUCAGUUAAAAUAUAUUGAAACUUCUUUUUCUAAGAGUCUACCUCAUGCACUGACACCUACAUCUGUGAUGGUUGCAGAAAUACAUUUUUUUUUUUUCCAACAAGUCGGCCGUCUCCCACCGAGGCAGGGUGACCCAAAAAAGAAAGAAAAUCUCCAAAAAGAAAAUACUUUCAUCAUCGUUCAACACUUUCACCAACACUCACACAUUUUCACUGUUUUUGCAGAGGUGCUCAGAAUACCACAGUUUAGAAGCAUAUACAUAUAAAGAUACACAACAUAUCCCUCCAAACUGCCAAUAUCCCAAACCCCUCCUUUAAAGUGCAGGCAUUGUACUUCCCAUUUCCAGGACUCAAGUCCGACUAUAUGAAAAUAACCGAUUUCCCUGAAUCCCUUCACUAAAUAUUACCCUGCUCACACUCCAACAGAUUGUCAGGUCCCAAGUACCAUUCGUCUCCAUUCACUCCUAUCUAACACGCUCACGCAUGCUUGCUGGAAGUCCAAGCCCCUCACCCACAAAACCUCCUUUACCCUCUCCAACCCUUUCGAGGAUGACCCCUACCCUGCCUUCCUUCCCCUAU